UGUCAGGCCAGCUCGGUGAAGACUGUGGGGCCAGCAGAGCUUGGAGGCCAAAGGCUGCAGACAGGUCCAUGGCUUGCAAGACUCUACCAUCCGGGCGCCAGGAGGAGGACACUACCAAAGACCUGGCUCUGAAAUUACCACCAGGGAAGUCUGGAAGUCACCUGGCCAGCAUUGAUGAGACCCGGCCUAUAGGUCCAGGCCCAGCCUCCCGUCGUGGCUCCCUGCUGAGCAUACACCCAUCCUUCUCACGCCGCAACUCACUGGCCGGACCCUUAGCGGGUCCUGGAGGUCGGCGACCAUCCCUGGGCCCAAUGCCCCCUCUAGGUUCACGAGUUAGCUUUUCUGGGCUGCCCCUGGUGCCUGCCCGUAGGAUGGCACCGUCAUACCGCACAGAACCGGCGCCAGGAGAGCGCUGGGAAGCUGCCAGAGCCCAGAGUGUCCUGGAGGCGGCACUGGAUGCCGAGCUGAGGGACGUGCGCUACUCCGGUACCGAGGCCGGGAAAGCGGCCCAGGCGCUGUGUGAACAGAUACGCCUACGGGUGCGGGAGCUCAACCUGCCACGCUACAAACUGGUGUGCAAUGUGGUGUUGGGGCCUCGCGAGGGGCAGGGCGUGCACGUGGUCAGCCGCGCCCUCUGGGACGCGCUACACGACGGACUGGCUUCUGCCACUUUCACCAACACGUCACUGUUCGCCGUGGCCACCGUGCACGCGGUUUACUGGGAAUGAUGAGA